CAGUCGGUGCCGCCUGUAAAGUAGGCAAUGUGCUCUCCCCGUCCACCGCGCCGCACUCCGCCCGACUGGAAUGCAGUGGCAGCAGUCAAAGAUGGCGGCUGACUCGGGUAUGGAGACGUGUCCGUCCCCAGAAAUGCCCGAUUCCAGAAAGAGGCCGCUGGACAGUGAAACGGAAAAUGGCACCACGAAGAGGUCACACUACGGAGGAGGUACUGAAGGCACAUUCCAUUUUAAAGUGCUGGUUCCUAGUAUAGCAGCGGGUGCCAUCAUAGGCAAGGGGGGCGAAACGAUAGCUCAUCUGCAGAAAGAUGCGGGAGCCAGAGUCAAAAUGUCUAAAGCCAAUGACUUUUACCCUGGAACGUCUGAACGUGUGUGCCUAAUUUCUGGUAGUAUUGACGCCAUAAUGGCUGUGCUUAUUUUUAUUAUGGAGAAAAUAAAAGAAAAACCAGACCCAAAUGCGAAGCCAGCAAUUGAUUUUGACAAUAAAACGGCAGCGGAAAGGGAGAAGCAGGUCAAGAUCUUGGUGCCCAACAGCACUGCAGGAAUGGUGAUCGGCAAGGGCGGCAACUUUAUCAAGCAAAUCAAAGAGGAGAGUGGAUCUUACGUGCAGAUCUCGCAGAAGGCAAAGGACCAGUCCCUGCAGGAGCGUUGCAUUACUGUGAUAGGAGAUAUAGAGAGCAACAAGGUAGCUUGUUCUUUAAUUCUGCAAAAAGUUGUGGAGGACCCGCAGAGUGGGAGCUGUCUCAACGUGAGCUACGCCGAUGUCACUGGGCCAGUAGCAAACUUCAACCCGACUGGUUCUCCGUACGCCAACGUUGCGACCUCUGGUCAACCAACUAUGCACAACAGUGCCACUUUCAGCUCAACCUGUAGUCUCAAUUCUGCUAUAACCUCAGUCAAUGCAAUGAGUGGCAUAGUCAGUCACACUGGAUCGAAUCCGCUCAACGGAGGCCCCAGUCUCAACCUCAGCCUUAACCUGAACGCGCCCGCCGCGGCCAGCAACCCCUCCCUCACUGCCCAGCUGCUGGAACACAUCAAGGUUACCCUGCGCACCAGCGGCUACUCGGACCAGGCCACGAUGGAAAUCACCUCGGCCAUGAGCACACUGGCCACGUACGGCAUCCUGGGCAUGGGACUGGGACUGGCUGGCCCCUCGGGGCUGGCGGCCGCCGCGCCCCAGGCCACCGCCUUCCUUCCGCCAGGCGUGACCCCCAUGGAGGCAGCUCCGUCGCAGCAGGCCAAUGGCGUCGGCAACAACGGCGUCUUUGGACCCAUCGGCACGAUUGGCGCCGGGCUCGGCAAGAUGUCGCCAACGCAGCAGCGCGCAGACAACUUUGGCCAGCUGGCAGCAGCGGCCGCGGCCGCCGAAGGCCAGACGUUCGACCCCUUCCGCCACCAGCCGAGCCCGACAAGCAUGGGCUCGCCCAUCAACGCCACUCUAUCGCUCAAUAAUAAUUCAUUUGGCCUGGGCACUCAGCAGGCGAUCAACGCCAUGUGCAAGAGUCCCACGCCAGGUGAGCUCAAGGAUAUGAAAAAGGUAGACUUGGAAGUAGGUGAGAAUAUUGUAGGUGCUAUUUUGGGGCCCGGAGGCAGGUCUCUAGUGGAGAUUCAACAUCUUAGUGGUGCUAACAUUCAAAUUUCCAAGAAGGGCACCUUCGCGCCAGGCACGAGAAACCGCAUAGUGUCGAUAUCGGGCAUCCCAAACGCAAUCGCCACGGCUCAGUAUCUUAUAGAGCAACGAAUCAAUGAGGAAGAAACCAAGCGAGCCCGCAACAAUGUACUCGGCGUGCUACAAUAAUGACAGACAGGCUCGCUCGCUCGCGCACUCGCCUGGAGCCGAUCCGCUCCCUCGUUUGCUGUCACCGUGAUAGAAUGAAUCAGUUUUUUUUGUUAAAUACUACUUUGUUGUCAUACACACACACACACACACCACACACACUUUUAAGUCGUGUGACAUUGCGCCUACACACUUUGAUUCUGAUCCCCGACUCUCAAGGAAAAGAUGCUCUUGUGUAGAUUCUUUAUUACCUUUAAUAAGUUCUUUUGUUACGCAUGUAUAUUAUAAACCAGUUAUAUAUAAAUAUUAUCUCUUGCGAUUGCAAAAUUUUAGGUACUUGGGACACGCUAAUUAAUCAAAAAAUUCAUAAUAACUUUGCAUGGAUAUUUAUACAUUACAUACGAGACGUAGACAAACAAACACGCAUUAACAAGCAACCAUUAUCAAUCAAUUGAAUACACGCGCAUCUGUAUAUAAAGAAAACACAGGCCAUAUUCCCCCCGAAGUCGCAUUUUCGAAAGCCUGCUUCACUCGUGAGCGAUUCAUUUUCCAAUGAUAUGUGAUCACAUCUGAGUAACAGAAGACAAGAACCCUCCCCAUGAUCAGGCAAGGACUGGAAAUAAUAAUCUUUUGUUUGGCUGUGCGGCCACCUGUAUUGGUAUUCCAUUUUUAUUUCGCUUUACCGAUUUUAAUCAUGCCUCUUUUUGAGCUCAUUUUGUAUAAACAUUUUUCGGAAACAAUAUAAUCAAUGACCAAAGGCUAAAGACAAAAAAUCCAUCGUUUGUUUUCUUUAAUAUAUUUGAAAAACAUCAACACGGAAAUUUCGCCUCCAGUCCUUGACUUUGGAUUAUAUAGAAACUCUGGAGAGUGAAUUGUUUUUAUUGUCCAGCCAAUAAUUAGUAGGUUUUAAUGUGUAACAAAACGGGGCAAAGGACUUCUCGAUAAACAAUCUUGUAACGACUGAUUAAUAUGGUGGUUAGGUUUAAGACGGACACACAUGAUACCUGCUGGAGUUGUCAGGGCCCUCCCGGACUUCUGUUCCUUUUCAUCUCCCCUGAAAUAGCGUUCAGGACCGCCCGGCCUAAAUCUCAGCAGGAAAUUAGCAGACUGGUUUUAUACCUGUAAUUAGGGUAACAGGUUUUUGCCUUAAAAUUGUCAUUCCAUUUUGCGAGUUUCUAAUUUUCCAGUGAAGUAAUCAUCUCGUAGGCAUUGGAUCUGAUUGGCGCGAAUCAGCAUCAUUUGCGGUGCUCAGAACUUUACUUGGUAUAAACAAAAAAUAAUGUGAGCAGAUGAACAGAAAAGCACAAUUGAUUAAGGAUCGUGAAAAACAGAUGACGUGUCGUAUAUUUUUUGAAAAAGCAAAGAAAAGAAAAUCACUAGUGUUUGUUGAGUUGAAAUCCUCAUGGUUUUGACUUUUUCUCCGUUGAUUUUAGCACUGUGAUAAGUGAUUAUUGAGAUAUUUAGCUGAACACACAAGUGUGAUUUUUUUUGCGUUUGAUAAUUUUUUUUAAAGUAAAAAGCUGAAGCACAAUUAACUGCUUGUUGACAGACGACCUUUUUGAAUGGAAUAGUAUCCUUUGUUGGCGUUGUUGAUAUAUCGUUUGCCACUGAUUCGGGGGAAGCUGAAGUUGGACCUGUAUGAUGCUCUACGGAAAAUUUUCCAUCUUCAAACUUUGAUAACGAUUGAAAACAACAGACGUACUUUAAUAAACCAGCUAAUAAUUAUGCGUGGGGGAAUGGUGGUUUCAUAACAAAAAUCAUAAUUGUAAAAAAGAGAAACUAGUCUUUCAACAAAACAGCAUGCACCGUGUGUGAUAAGUAAGGCAAAUCGAGAACAUUCAUUAAUUCAUGAAAGAAACGUUUAUAACUAUUAGGACUAGAACGCGAUGAGGAGGAAACGUAACCCAGUGAACAAGAGCGUUUGUUAUGUUUAUAUGAAAACGGAUCAUUCUCAUUUGGGGGUUGGAUAUUGCUUACCAUAAUAUGAAAAUGGGGUUCACCAGAGACAAACUAUACUCACACCUUCUCUCUCUCUGGUGGUAAUUGUAAUUACGAGCUUGAAUUUUUAAACAUUUUCUUUUGAGAGGUGACGGUCCUUUUUCUGAGUACUACAAACGAUUUAGCUAUCUUGUUGCAAUUUGCAUAGCUGUUUCAUUACCGCAGUCUACUUCGCUUUCAAUUGUACUACAUUUGCAUCAAGUUUAAAUUUCAAUUAUUGGAAAAUUACACAUAAACUAUUAUCUUACCAAACGCAUAUGAUUAUUACGUAAUGAUUGGAACAUUUAACAUUAAUAGCUCUCGAUUUGAGAAUAAGUAACGUAGUGAAACUGUUUCGAAACUCCACUAAUUGCAUUGUAAUAACGUCCAUUCAUAGUAGAGUCGUAGGCAAAGAGUUUUUCAUAUAUAUCAUAGAUACUUCUAAAUAUAUUUACAACUGUUACGCUCUAUGAUUAGUUACAUAUAUAUUAUUUUUGUUUAUUUUCCAUCAGUGACAUGUGAUAUAUUCAUUCAUCUUUAAUGCUCGAGAGUUAAGUUUUGUCCUGUGUAUUCAUAAUUAUUUUUCCCAGUUUUUCCCCUGUUUCGUUGAUUUCGAUCACGCAUUGCGCUCCUUUCGACAGUGUGAACUAAAAACAAAUGUUACCAUUGACGCUGCUGACCAUUGCAAUAUGGGCAUAUCCAUCGUAAGAAAUCAAGCAAUGUAGACGAAAACGAAUGAUUUGAGGUUGAUGUUCGGGCAUUGUUUCGUUUCAUGUAGGCUUGAGAGUAGUUUGAUUGAGAUUCAAAUGAAUUGAAUGCAAAAAUUAUGAAAUAUUCCUUCCCUUUUGUCCGGCGCCCGCCGAGGGAGCUGGACUCGCGCGUAGCUUGCUAAUUGAUCCAAGUCUUCAACUUCGAUUUUAUAGGCAGUUUAAUUAAUGCGUACCUAGUAACGAGACUUAGACGAUUAAGCAGUCUGUUUUGGGUUGUAAAUUUAUUAGUUUUUUCCUUUUCGGUGUACUCCUGAUGAUGAUGAUAAUAAUAUCAAUUAGUCAAGCCAGCCUUGUUUCUGCUUUGCCCCUUCCUGGAAAUCGGAACAAACUGUUUGACGCGGUUUUAAAAUUUUUCACUAUAUAUACCUAUGCCGCAUUCAUUUUGCAAUAGGAUAUUACUACUUUACUGUUACUGCGUAUUAGUGGUUUGACUAAAACUCUUUAUUUUUGCAUAGAUUUAUUGUUUGUUGACUUCGUCGUAAGAUUUUGUACAGACGACUAUAGCGUUGAGAGAAAAUAACUGUUAGAACGAUAAUUCACGGAGAAAACACCCACACACUCGCCACUUGUACUGCCUGUUCCGCCAUUUAGAACAAGAAAUUUUGUAACAUGUUCCCAAACACAUCAUCACUGCGUAAUUUUACAUUAUUACCUCUCUCUUCUCUCAAAAUCUGUUGAUCCUGUAGCUGGUUCCUACCAAUGCGAGAGAUAUCGUGAACUCACAAACACACACACACACUGUUUUUUAAUAGUUGACACAGGACUAAUGAUUUGUGUGCAUACUCUGAGGUAUAUAGUUUAAUUGUUACUUAACAAACUGUUAGCUGCCACUCUAAAGCAUGCAAAAGUAGAAUCGAAAAUUAAAAAUUGUCACUGUUAAAAUUAAAUUAGCGGGGAGCGUUUUAAGGUUGAAUCCCCAGGACAACAUGUAAUUAGGUACGUUAAUUUGCAGAACGGAAAAAAUAUAAUGCUCCUUGAAGAGGCCUGUAAAAGAAGCACACUUCUUGAUUUUUAUAUCCUGCUCUGUGUUGCUUUCUGCCCUUUUGAAGUCGAGAAUUGGUGUCAUUUUCCCCUUAUUUACUUCUGUCGUCCGCUCAGACGACGAUUCGCAGAAAAAUUAAUUGUAUAGUAAACAAAUGCACAUAAUUUCUCUUCUCAAAUAAUAAAUUUAGGCCUAAAGCAUAAAUAAAAGAGAAUGAAAAUGAGAACAGCAUCUUCUUAUGUAAUUAUAAUAAAAAUGCACCUUUAAAGAAAAAGACUGGAGUCAUUAAAAUCGUGAUUGCAUAACAACAAUGUGUAUAACAUAAUUACAUUGCAUAGUAAUCAAAUGAUGUGUAUGGUAUGAUUCAGCCCUCUUCGAUUUGUGUAACUCUCAAUUUGUACUGUGUAAUUGUUCUCUCUCUAUCUCUAUCUCUCCCUCUUGAAACGAGAAUAUCAGCCACUCAUUUAUUAAUUAACCAGUCGUGCAUAAUUAAUUGCAUAAUUGUAGUCGUAGCAGUGACCGCCUGAAUUGUAUUGAAUACAUAAUUAUUAUAAAAUGAUUCAGCCAAAUUGCGGUAGAGCAAAGAUGCCUAAUUUUCGGUCCCGCGCACUCGCGGCUGCUUUUUUCGCCGCCGCCUCGGUCGCGGGCAAGAAAUUUGAUGAGAUAACAAGUACUGUGAAUAAAUUUAAAUUUACUACACAAAAUUAUUAUUAAAAGAAAUGCAACACACAUCACAUUGUAAGAUUUUUGAGUGGUAGUUGAUUAUCAGUUUUCACUUUGUUGACAACAUUUAUAACUGCAUGAGUCGCCGUUUUUGGAUUGUACUGUAAUAAUUUUCAUUAUUUAGUUGUUACUAUUAUAUUAUAACAGCUCUGUUUAUGUAAUGCAUAAAACACACACAGAACACAAUAUAUGAUUCAUGAUGAUGAUGAUGAUGAUGAUUAAGAUCGAGAAGUGCUACUGUUGAAAUUGAUGCGUCUUGACAAGAGAAAACUUGUUACUUUAUUAGGUAAAUUUUACGUGUAUGUACGAUGACAUAAAUCUCACUUAAUAAACAUGGAAAUGCAUAAAA